CAUCAUUUAUUUUUCUAGUCAUGUCAUCCUCCAGUGGUCCACUGACUGAGGAGCUUCAGUGCUCUAUAUGUCUGGAUGUGUUCACUGAUCCAGUCAGCACUCCAUGUGGACACAACUUCUGCAAGACCUGUCUGAAUAAGCACUGGGACAACAGUCAGACCUGCAGCUGUCCAUACUGUAAAGAAACAUUCAAGCAAAGACCUGACCUCAAGAUUAAUAUUACACUCAGAGAGAUCGUAGAUCACUAUAAAAAGAAAAGUCCUGAGGAAAAACCUGAAGUUCUGUGUGAUUUCUGUGAGGAAAGAAAGCUGAAAGCCCUGAAGUCAUGUCUGGUGUGUCAGAGCUCUUACUGUGAAACUCACCUGCAGCCUCAUUUAAGAGUGGCAGGUUUAAAGAAACACAAACUGAUGGAUCCUGUGAGAAAUCUGGAGGACUAUAUAUGUCAGAAACAUGAGAGACCUCUGGAGCUGUUCUGCAGAGAUGAUCAAACGAGUGUGUGUCUGUCCUGCACUGAAGGAGAUCACAAGAACCACAACACUGUUCCUCUAGAAGAGACCAAGUUGGUGAUCCAAGAUGUGCAGCAAAUGAUCCAAAACAGAAUCAAGGAGAUUCAAGACAUAAAACACUCAGCAGAAGUCAGAAAAAGAAACACAGAGAAGGAGAAAGCAGCUCAUGCUGAGCUCUUUACUGAUUUCAUCCGCUCCAUUGAGAGAUGUCAGACUGAACUACUGGAGAUGAUGGAGGAGCAGCAGAAAGCAGCAGAGAAACAGGAGCAAGAGCUCAUUAAAGAUCUGGAGAAGGAGAUCAGUGAGCUAAAGAUGAGAAACACUGAGCUAGAGAAGCUCUCACACACUAAAGACCACCUCCACCUCCUACAGAUUUACUCAUCAUUGUGCAGCCCCACAAACACCAGGAACUGGCCUGAGAUCAGUGUGAAGACUCAUGAGAGUCUGAAGACUCUGAGGAGAGCUCUGACUCAACUGCAGGAAACUCUUCAUGAGAAACGCAUGCAAACUGAGCUGAAGUGGAUGCAGCAGUAUGCAGUGGAUGUGACUCUGGAUCCUCAUACAGCUCAUCCAAACCUCAUCCUAUCUGAUGAUGGAAAACAAGUGAGACAUGUAGACACUGAGCAGAAACUACCAGCCAACCCAAAGAGAUUUAAUAAAUGUCCUGCUGUCUUGGGAAAAGAAGGAUUCUCCUCAGGAAAGUUUUAUUUUGAGGUGCAGGUGAAAGGAAAGACUAAUUGGGAUUUAGGAGUGGCCACAGAAUAUAUUAAAAGGAAGGGAGCAAUCACGCUUGGUCCGAGUAAUGGAUACUGUGCUGUGAGGCUGAGGAAUAGGAAUGAAUAUGCAGCUCACUCUGAUCAUCCCGUUUCUCUGUCUGUGAGAGUGAAGCCACAGCGAAUUGGUGUGUUUGUGGAUUAUGAGGAGGGUCUGGUGUCCUUUUAUGAUGUGGAGUCCAGCUCUCAUAUCUACUCUUUCACUGGUCAGUCUUUCACUGGGAAACUCUAUGCAUAUUUAAAUCCGGCCCUAAAUAGAAGCGGUAACAAUUCAGUCCCACUGGUCAUCACACCUGUCAAUUUUAAUAAAUGAUGUUUUAUUGAAGUUUGGGAGAAGCACAUUCAACAUCAAACAAUUUAGCACUGGUGGUACAUGUUCAGGAAAUCAAUUUAACAUGAUAUUAAAUACAGCCAACCUACCUCUGUCCCAUGACAGUUUCCUCACGGACGGGGUGAUAUGUGACCAGUAAGCUAUAAAAGCACAUGAGGUGGAGA